CAGAGAGAGGCAUGUAAGUGAUGACUUUCGAGCAGUACAUGCAGGUACACGCAGAUACACGCAGGUGCACGCAGAUACACGCAGGUUCACACAGAUACACGUGGGCGGCGUGUAUGGGCGGCAUGUACGGGGCCCGUAGGGGCGGCAUGCGCCAUGUGUGCCAUGUGCUCAUGGCGAUGAUAUGCUGUAGUUGACAUUAUUUGCCAAUAUCUACGGUGAUAUUUUCAACGGUGAUGGUCCUU